CUGGGGGAGACUUAACUUUGACUGAGGAGUGUGUAUUUCCAAUUUCAGGUUUUAUUCCCCAUGGCGAAAACCAGUCGACUUGAAUGCGUUCCCUUCCCGGUUCUUCUACUGUUGCUCCUUGUGCUCCAUGUUUUUCCUGCCACGCAGAAUGAUCUUAUCAUCAACACCAGGAAUGGGAAAAUUGGAGGGAUGGUGCUGUCCGUUCCACGAGGUGAGGUCAGAGCAUUUCUGGGAAUACCUUAUGGAAAACCACCUCUGGGGAAACAAAGAUUCCUACCCCCAGAACCAGCAGGGUCAUGGAAUGGGGUGAGACGUGCCACAAAGUUCCCAAACUCUUGUUAUCAGCUACUGGAUACAUUCUUUCCAGGGUUUAGGGGGGCAGAGAUGUGGAACCCCAACACUCCCCUGAGUGAGGACUGUCUCUACCUCAAUGUCUGGACCCCACGUUUCAACCACACCCACUUCCACCGUCUGCCAUCGGUUCCUGUCUUUGUCUGGAUCUAUGGAGGCGGGUUCGUCACGGGGACCUCCUCUCUUGAAUUGUAUGAUGGGCGCUUUUUGAGCCAAUCAGAAGGCGUUGUUGUGGUGUCCAUGAAUUACAGGCUUGGAGCUCUGGGUUUCCUCUCACUUCCGGAGAACAAGAAUAUCCGCGGCAAUGCAGGUCUUCUGGACCAGCAGCUGGCCCUCCGCUGGGUGGCAGACAACAUCGCUGCUUUCGGCGGUGACGCCUCAAAGGUCACUUUGUUUGGGGAGAGCGCCGGCGCAGCGUCUGUAGGCUUUCAGCUGCUCUCCCCGGGCAGCCGAGGCCUUUUCCAUAGGGCUGUGAUGCAGAGUGGUUCCCCUAAUACACCCUGGGCCACGGUCAGUCAGGAAGAAGCCUGGGAAAGGGCCAUGAACUUGGGGAAACUGCUGGGAUGCCCCCUGUCCCCUCCAGACAAUCUGCAGUCAUGCCUGCAGGGCAUUAAACCUGAAAAAAUCAUAUCUAAGCAAUAUGACGUUGUCACUGAUCCUUCAGUCAUACAACUGCCUUUCGUCCCCAACACUGAUGGGAUCUUCCUACCAAAGACACCACAAGAGCUGCUGCAAACUGGUGAUUUCUUGAAGACUGAGGUGCUUCUUGGCCUAAACAAGGAUGAAGGAUCAUACUUCUUAAUUUAUGGAAUGCCUGGAUUUAACAUCACAGGUCAGAGUCUGAUAUCCAGGGAACACUUCCUGCAAGGAGCUUUGCUCAUAGAACCAGGAGCCAGUGAUGUCUUCAGGGAAGCGUUCAUUUUCCAGUACACAGAUUGGGCAGAUGAGAACAACCGAACAAAAAAUAGAGACAUGAUGUCUAACUUGGUCGGAGACCAACAAUUCACCUGUCCUAUGUUAGAGUUUGCACACAGGUAUUCAAAACAUGGCGGUAAAACCCGUCUGUAUCUGUUUGACCAUCGAGCAUCCACCAACCCCUGGCCAGCAUGGAUGGGUGUUAUGCAUGGCUAUGAAAUAGAAUUUGUCUUUGGAGUGCCACUGAAUGAAACCCAGGGAUACACACCAGAGGAAGUCACAAUGAGCAGAAAGUUUAUGAAACAUUGGGCCAACUUUGCCAGGACAGGAAACCCAAGCAUCGGUGGAGCUGACUGGCCCAUGUUCACCCCUGACUGCAAGGAGUAUAUCACUUUGAACUCUGAACCACCAGAGAGGAAGAAGAUGAUGAAAGCUCAGCAGUGUCACUUCUGGAACAACUUAAUGCCUAAAAUACAGCAGGUGUCAGAUGAUUUCCAGUCAUGUGUGUCUGCUAAUGGGGUUGACCCGCACUGCAGCAAUGUGCUUCUCCUCGUUUUACUGGUCGUUACCGUAAUCUACUGAAACACCAAGGACAACCUCCAUAUAGGAGACCAGUUUAAAAAAAACAUAUAUACCAAUGAUGUACGUGUUAAAACCGAUAAAUUGGUCUUUUUUCUGGUGUCAUUCUUUUAAACAGAUUUUUAUGAUGAGUGUAUAUUGCCCAACAUAUCAAGUGAAUCAACGUACCUAUAAAAUAUGUUGACUUUUUUUUUUAUGUCCAAGACCUGCAGAUACAUUCAC